AUGAGUGCGGCGGCAACUGCAGGAAAGCUGGGGCGGGCACCAGCCGACCCAGGGAAAGCGCCCGGAGUUGCAGCUCCCGGGGCUCCGACGGCCGCCCCGCCGGCGAAAGAGAUUCCGGAGGUCCUAGUGGACCCCCGCAGCCGGCGGCGCUAUCUACGGGGUCGCUUUUUGGGGAAGGGUGGCUUUGCCAAGUGCUUUGAGAUCUCGGAUGCGGACACUAAGGAGGUGUUCGCGGGCAAGAUCGUGCCUAAGUCGCUGUUGCUCAAACCGCACCAAAAGGAGAAGAUGUCCAUGGAGAUAUCCAUUCACCGCAGCCUCGCUCACCAGCACGUCGUCGGCUUCCACGGCUUUUUCGAAGACAACGACUUCGUGUUCGUGGUGUUGGAGCUCUGCCGCCGGAGGUCUCUCCUGGAGCUGCACAAGCGGAGGAAAGCUCUCACGGAGCCCGAGGCCCGCUACUACCUGCGGCAGAUCGUUCUGGGCUGCCAGUACCUGCACGGAAACCGCGUUAUUCACAGAGACCUCAAGCUGGGCAAUCUCUUCCUGAACGAGGAUCUGGAGGUGAAAAUAGGGGAUUUUGGACUGGCAACCAAAGUGGAGUAUGACGGGGAACGGAAGAAGACCCUGUGCGGGACUCCUAAUUACAUAGCUCCUGAGGUGCUGAGCAAGAAAGGGCACAGUUUCGAGGUGGACGUAUGGUCCAUUGGGUGCAUCAUGUAUACCUUGUUAGUGGGCAAGCCACCUUUUGAGACCUCUUGCCUAAAAGAGACCUACCUCCGGAUCAAGAACAAUGAAUACAGUAUUCCCAAGCACAUCAACCCCGUGGCCUCCUCUCUCAUCAAGAAGAUGCUUCAGCCAGAUCCCAGUGCCCGUCCAACCAUUCACGAGCUGCUCAAUGACGAGUUUUUCACUUCCGGCUAUAUCCCUGCUCGCCUCCCCAUCACCUGCCUCACCAUUCCACCGAGGUUUUCAAUCGCUCCCAGUAGCCUGGACCCCAGCAACCGGAAGCCUCUCACCAUCCUCAAUAAAGGCAUGGAGAACCCCGUGCCUGAACGUCCCCGAGAGAAAGAGGAACCAGUGGUGCGGGAGGCCAGUGAGCCCGUCGACUGCCACCUCAGCGACAUGUUGCAGCAGCUGCACAGCGUAAACGCCUCCAAGCCCUCGGAGCGGGGGCUUGUGAGGCAAGAGGAGGCCGAGGACCCUGCGUGCAUCCCCAUCUUCUGGGUCAGCAAGUGGGUGGACUAUUCGGACAAGUAUGGCCUCGGGUACCAGCUGUGUGACAACAGCGUCGGGGUGCUCUUCAACGACUCCACACGCCUCAUCCUCUACAAUGACGGUGACAGCCUACAGUAUAUCGAGCGUGACGGCUCAGAGUCCUACCUCACUGUGAGCUCCCACCCCAACUCCUUGAUAAAGAAGAUCACCCUCCUGAAGUAUUUCCGAAACUACAUGAGCGAGCACUUGCUGAAGGCGGGCGCCAACAUCACACCUCGGGAAGGCGACGAGCUGGCCCGGCUCCCCUACCUGCGGACCUGGUUCCGUACCCGCAGUGCCAUCAUCCUGCACCUCAGUAACGGCUGUGUGCAGAUCAACUUCUUCCAGGACCACACCAAACUCAUCCUGUGCCCACUGAUGGCCGCCGUGACCUACAUCGACGAGAAGCGGGACUUCCGUACAUACCGCCUGAGCCUCCUGGAGGAGUACGGCUGUUCCAAGGAGCUGGCCAGCCGGCUGCGCUACGCCCGUGCCAUGGUGGACAAGCUGCUGAGCUCGCGCUCGGCUGCCAACCGCCUCAAGGCCUCCUCAUAG